AUGACCGUGCCAGCAACAGUAGAAUCCACCCCACGGACAAAGACGCCUUUCAAGAUUGUCCCAGCGACUGUCGAAGACGCGGACGCGAUGGCCGACAUCUCUGGCGACGCCUUCUGCGAUGAUACGCACACUUUGUUGCAGGCCGUUUGGAAAGGCAAGGAUUGGCAUCGUGAAGGAUCUAGAGAGCAUCUGCCCUCUCUCUUUACCAACCCCCGGAUCGACAUUCGAGUGGCUCGAAAGGGACUCGAGGGUGAAGGCGAGGUAAUUGGAUUCAUCAUGUUGGCCAAACGAGGAUACCCGACGCCUGAUGCCACCCCUGAAGAAGAAGUCGCCCGCGUUGCCGCCAGGGAUGCCCUUCCCAAGUCAUCCUCUGCCGUCAAGUUGGCCCCACCUCCUGCACCGAUUCAAGCACCCGAGAGUGAAAAGCUGACUAUCAAGGAACUAGCAGAGACGACAAAUCAAGCCAUGAAUCAUUACUGUGAGCUGUUGAUGCCCGUUGGGUGUCAAUGUCGAUUCAUCAACGGGUGGAAUGUUGCGUCUGCGUAUCAGGGUCAAGGGGUUGGAUCUGCUUUGAUGAGAUGGGCCACGGACAUUGUGGAUGAGGAUCAAGUCUAUUGCUGGGUCAGUUCUUCCAUGGGGGCGUUGCAGGCGUAUGCAAAGGCCGGGUUUGUGGAGGUUGGACGACUCGAGUUGAAGUUGGAUGAUUACGCACAAGGAGUCAAGUGGAAGCAGGAGGAUGGAUCCGAGAAGGAGUGGGGGACUUACUUCUGGCCCUACAUGAGAAGGGAUCCCAAGUAG